AUCAGUAGAUUAAAUCCUGAUAAUCUCACUGUUUCAAACAGUGAAAUUAUCAUUUUGAUAAUUUCACUGCUACGGAACUACUUUUUUCCCCUUCAAUGAACCCCAUAUACAUGUACAUAAGUACAACUUGAGUUGUCUCCCUUCUAUUUACUCUCUUUAUUUACAAACAACAAAUUACAUGUACUUCCUCUUUAUUCAUUUACUUCCUGUCGUCUGCAAAAAUGGAAGAACUUGCAAAUUUGGAUGCUUCUGCCCUAGAUGAUAUUUUUAAUAACUUCUAUGAUAAAGAAGAGUAUGGAGAUUUUCAGGUUGCAAACAGAAAUUUUAGGGAAAUUGAUCCUGAUGACUUCCUGUUAGAAAAUGAAAAUAAAAAUACAAAAAGAAAAACAGAAAGUGACAUGAAAUUGUUUAUGUCAUUUUUGAUGGCAAAAAAUGAAGCCAGGUUGCCAGAGUACAUACCUCCAGAUGAACUAAAUCAUCUUCUCUGUACAUUUAUUUUGGGCAUAACCAAAAAAGAUGGUUCCGAAUAUGAACCGACAACAAUCAGAGGAUUUAUCAGCUCAAUUGAUCGUCAUUUGAAAUCAAAAUCAAGCCAUGUAUCCAUUUUUAAAGAUGUAGAAUUCUCUAAAACAAGAGCUGUAUUAACAAAAAAACAACAGCAACUCAAGAGUCUAGGAUUGGGCAACAAACCAAAAACUGCAGAAGUGUUGGAUGAUGCGACCCUGGAUAAAAUGUAUGAAAAUGGUACACUUGGUGAUGGCAAUCCAAGAGCGUUAAUACAUUCCAUGUGGCUUAUUUGUACAAGUUAUUUUGGCAUGCGAACAGGCAAAGAAUGCCAUGACCUCUGCUGGGGAGACGUACAAUUAUGUAUCGACGAGGUGACGGGGCAAGAAUUUUUAAUGUAUGACAAAGAGAGACAAACAAAAACAAGAUCAGGUUGUAACCCUCGAGAUACAAGAACUGUAAAACCAAAGGCAUUUGGCAAUGAUGAAGACACACGAAAAUGCCCUAUUCACCUCUACAAGAUGUACCGAGAUAAAAGACCAGAGAGCAUGUGUUCGGAUGAAAGUCCUUUCUUUCUGACACCAGGCGGAGGCACUCAGAAGAGCUGGUAUAGAAAAGCUCCAAUGGGGAUCAACAAACUACAUAACAUCAUGAAUGAUAUGAAAUCAGACGCCAACAUUACAAAUUCAAGAAUUACCCCAUAUAGUUCAAGGAAGAGACUGAUACAAAAACUCCAAGACGAGGGAGUUCCAGCAAAUCAAAUAGUACAGAUAUCUGGGCACAAGAAUAUCAACUCAAUUAACAACUACAGCAAAAUUAACAAUGAUCAAUCAAAGAACAUUUCUGACAUAUUAUCAAAUAAAAUCAGUAACACUCACUCAGAUCUCCAAGUUCGAAGUUCUACUCCAAAGUCUGCAUCCAUGACCAUGUCAGAUUGUGUUCGUGCAGGUGACAAUAAUGGAAAGCCUCCACAGGGUUUAUUUGCAUACAGUCAUUUCAACGGCAAUGUAACUUUUAAUUUCAACAGCUCAAUUUCUGAAAGCCUAUCCCAAAUGUCAGCCGUAACACUGAAUCGUAACACCAGCUCCGCCUCUGGAUCUGCAGUCGUUGACCCGUGUUCGCCGAUAAUUAGGCCAUACAAACGUAUCAGGAUGCUACCUGACAGUGACACUGAUUCUAAUUAA